AUGGUCGAGAUUAUGGAAAAUUAUGUAUUGGAAUUGAUGGCAAAUAUAGAUCGUGCUCCUUAUUAUGAGGAUUUAGUAUCAGAAAAUGGUUUUCGACAAGUUCCUGAAUGUCAAAAUGAUGAUUGGAUGCCUUAUGUAAUGAUCGAUAAGCAUCGACCCUCAAAACUUGCAAUUCAAAAU